ACGAAACAACCUGAAAGGAUCACGAUCGACUGUGAAGACAGCAAUCGAAGGGAUCAUGUCGGUUCAGGGCGACAGCGACGUGGACGCGACGGAGGAGAUCAACGUGGACGACUCGGACUCCGGAAGUUGCAGUCCUCGGAACUACGCGAACGUCAGUCGUCGGUUGGACCAUUCUGAGUGCUCGAAUUCCCCGCCACCGAGUCAGACCACCUCCAGGACUCUGCAGAACGAAUCACCCAGGAGUCAUCCGUUCAGUAUAAGUCGUUUGUUGGGUGAAAACCGUUCGCAGAACCCGAAAAGUCCAUCGUCGGAAGAUUUGGACAGCGACAAGGAGAGGAAAUGGUCUUGGGAAGAGGGUAACAAUAAUGGUGGCUCGUCGAUGACCCUGGAAGAUGGCAGAAGAUCUUGGGGCCACGAGAUAGAGGAGAAAUUGUCCGAAAAAGACGACGACGACACCGGAAGUACACCGGAAACACAAACGAAUUCCUCGUCGUCGAUUCAUUGCACGAGUACGGCGGAUCUAUUGGCGCCGUUUCGACUUUUCCCAACUGGAUCCGGCCUGAUUUACACCGGCGGAGGUGUAAUAAGAGUUCCUGCGCAUCGACCACCCGGUGCUAAUGGCACGACAACGGGUGCACUGCCGGCGCAAACGUUGAUACCACCUUGGAGUUUACAAGCUCUUCAGCACAGUCAACAACAGGCGGCGGCGGCCGGUCUUCACAGAGCGAGCUUGUUGGCGAACCUGGCCGCACAUCCACUCCAGGGACACCCACACCUCAAGGAUAGGCUGGCAGUAGCCGGAGCAUUUCCGAGGAGGAUCGGCCAUCCUUACCAAAACAGGACCCCGCCGAAGAGAAAGAAGCCUAGAACGAGCUUCACCAGAUUACAAAUCGCCGAACUGGAAAAACGUUUUCACAAACAGAAAUAUUUGGCGUCGGCGGAACGGGCAGCCUUGGCCAAAUCUUUGAAGAUGACGGACGCCCAAGUGAAGACUUGGUUUCAGAACAGACGGACAAAAUGGAGGAGGCAAACAGCAGAGGAAAGAGAGGCUGAGAGGCAGGCGGCGAAUCGGUUGAUGUUGUCCCUUCAAGCUGAAGCGCUUGGGAAAGUGGCUUAUCCAACAACGGUGCCAAGCCAUCCAGCGGGAACCACCGUGUCCAGUUUGGAUAGACAGCAAGCAGCCAACGCUCUGACCCACCCUGUAAGUCAGUGGGCUUCCCCGUACGGCCCACCGCAACCUCUGGCCGAACCAAUUUGCUGA